AUCGAUUUUCGCAUUCGGGCCCCCGGAACGUCAGCGGCGGUAGUGUGGCGAGCGUGUCGUGCGAACCGUCGGGGCGUCGCGACGCUGACUAGCAAUCGCUGAGUGCGCGCCAGACGCAUCGAGACAAUCACGCAAUCGGACGCUUCCAAGUCGCGCGAGUUGAAGCCGCCCGUCGGCGUCGGGGCGCCGUUUUUUUAGCGAAUUUCUAUGGUUUCGCGAGCACGACAACGCCUACCCGCGCCGAAAUAAUGUGGAAUUGAUCCGCGCGUCUGCAACCGCGACCCUCGACGCACAGAAGAGUUCCUCGUCGCUUCCCCAGCCCUCCACCACCACCACCCUACACCACCUCCACCCUUCCAAACUUCCACAAUCCUCUAAAUCCUCCGAGUGAUCGGAUAUAAGAUAAAAUGGCCUGGGGAUAUUGGAGCGCGACCACGCUGGGCGACCGCGGGCGUUCGCCGCGUCGCAACCAGCAGAACGGCAACGCCACACAGCCCCAGGGCGGCGGCGGAGGCGGCGGCGGCGGCGGCAGCAAUGAUCGUGGUGCUGCUUCCUCGGAGCGCACCGAACGCCCCGAACGGCAUGCUGCCAGUCACAGUAGCAACUCCAGUAAUGGAUCCAGCGCUUCUACCAGUGCGGCGCUGCUCGACGAACUCGCUGCCCAACAGCAGCAGCAGCAUCAUCCGCACUAUCAGCCGCCGCUGCCGCCACCGCACCAGCAGCAGAUGGCGUCGGCGGCGGCACAUCAUCAGCCACCGCUGCCGCCGCCGCAUGCGGUCCACCAGCACCAUCAGGCGUACGCGCCCGGCGCGCAUCACUCCCAAUUGCCGCACGCCUCCUACCACCACCAUCACGACACCACCUCCGGCUCCGAAUUCGACCUGGAGCCGAAUCUCUCGCGCCGCCCAUCGCUGGAUCUCAGCAUUGGUGGGCCGCCUGGUGCCGGUCUUGCUGGCAUCAUCUGCUCGGCGCAUGGGUCCAGCUCGCGCACGGGUACGUUGUCGGCGGGUAACACGCUGACGCGCGCCGGCAGCCGGCACACGGCCGUCAGCAGCGUCGAUUACGCGGUGCCGCAUCAUUUGCAUCAGCAUCAUCUGCAUCACGCCGCUUACGUUGAGUAUCAUCAUCAGACGCAGCUGAGCUUUUCGGACGAUGAUAGCAGCUCGGAGCCGGGCUAUGCCACAGUGUUUCCCAACGUGCCGUCGCAGCCAGGAAUGCCAUGCCAAGGAGAGGACCGAAGCAUCUAUCGGCGCGGCGCACGACGUUGGAGGAAAUUGUACCGUGUCAACGGACAUAUUUUCCAGGCUAAACGCUUUAAUAGACGGGCAUUCUGCGCGUUCUGCGAGGAUCGCAUUUGGGGUCUGGGCAGACAAGGCUUCAAAUGCAUCCAAUGUAAGUUACUGGUGCACAAGAAGUGCCACAAGGCUGUAAAGAAAGCCUGCAACAACGAAGUGGUUGACCCUGUGACGCGUGAUGGGCACCACAAUGGCGAGAAUAUCCUGCAACAGAUACAACACCAGCAGAUGCCGUCGGAGGCCGCUAAUCAGGAAUUGGUUAGCGAUUACAUGCCAGACAUCACCGGCGAUUCGGUGCCUGUGGAAGACCCCACCUCCGAUGACUUGGAGCCUGGUUCACAGCGGCAGUACUCGCUUAAAGACUUCGAGCUCAUUCGAGUGAUCGGACGUGGUAGCUACGCCAAGGUACUAAUGGUGGAACUGCGCAAAACGCGCCGUAUUUACGCGAUGAAAGUGAUCAAGAAGGCGCUCGUCACCGACGACGAGGACAUCGACUGGGUGCAGACUGAGAAACAUGUCUUUGAGACGGCGUCGAAUCACCCAUUCCUCGUCGGGCUGCACUCGUGCUUCCAGACGCCAUCACGGCUUUUCUUCGUCAUUGAAUUCGUACGCGGCGGUGACCUAAUGUUUCACAUGCAGCGCCAGCGCCGCCUGCCCGAGGAACACGCGCGUUUCUACGCCGCCGAAAUUUCACUGGCGCUAAACUUCUUGCAUAGCAAGGGAAUCAUCUAUCGUGACCUGAAGCUUGACAAUGUUCUGUUGGAUCAUGAGGGUCAUAUUAAACUGACAGAUUAUGGUAUGUGUAAGGAGGGUAUUCGAUCAGGGGACACCACGUCGACGUUCUGUGGUACACCUAAUUACAUUGCUCCUGAGAUUCUGCGCGGAGAAGAUUAUGGUUUCUCAGUGGACUGGUGGGCGCUUGGUGUCUUACUCUACGAAAUGCUUGCGGGUCGCUCACCGUUCGACAUUGCUGGUGCGUCUGAAAAUCCCGAUCAGAAUACGGAGGACUACCUCUUCCAGGUGAUCCUCGAGAAAACAAUUCGUAUUCCGCGUUCGUUGAGCGUGAAGGCAGCGAAUGUCCUCAAGGGUUUCCUCAAUAAAAACCCAGCGGAUCGUUUGGGCUGCCAUAGUGCGGAUUCCUUCGCAGAGAUACAGGGACAUCAAUUUUUCAAGAGCAUCGAUUGGGAACUGUUGGAGCAGAAGCAAGUGCCACCGCCUUACAAGCCUCGUUUAGAUUCGGAUCGCGAUCUGGCCAACUUCCCACCGGAAUUCACUGAUGAACCCGUACAUUUGACUCCUGACGAUGCGCGUAUUAUCGAGAAAAUCGAUCAGUCUGAAUUCGAGGGCUUCGAAUACGUGAACCCGCUGCUGAUGUCGCUGGAGGAUUGUGUGUGACCCGACCCGCUGCCUCCGCAGUGCCGCCUACAUCCGAACAACAACUCUUACACUUUCGACCUGGAUCACCUGAACCUGACGCACCUCAAACACCUGAAGUUGCACACCACCUACCUGUCGUCGCUACCGAUGCAUCCGCUACCGCCGUUGCCACCGUUACCGCCACCGCCUAGCCGCUAUCCGCCUCCGUUGUUUCCGCCACCGCCUCCGCCGCUCGACGCCGACUACUACGAGUACUACGACCUGCCCGUUCAUCCGGAGGCGGGCGACGGCAGCACGGCCACGCACCAGCUGCCUGCGCAAUCGGUGCCGGUGGCUGUCGACGCCAGCGAUGCUGACAAACGGCUGGACGCCAUGCGCCCUUCCAAAUCCAUUCUGCAGAACAUCUUUUGCCUGCCGCUCAACUAAUUCUUCCGCGGCGCAAAUAUGAAAAUAAUAAUUAAUUAAAGAAAAAUACAAAAAAAUGAUAGCGAAGCUCAUGCUGAUCAUGCUGAUGCCAUGAUGAUAAAGCAAAACAAAUGAAUUGAUUAUAAAUUACUAGGCUCUUAUUCGUCAAACUAACAAUGUGCAUCUUUUAAAAUGAGCAGUUUGAAUACUAAACACUAACUAAAGCAGGUUGCACACUACGGCAGCAUUUUAGAAAGGAUGAAAAAUUAACAAUUCAACGGCACUGAUAAAUUAAUUAACAAGAAAAUAUAUAUAUACAUAAAUAUAUAUAUAUAUAUAUAUAAUUACUAUACAUAUAGGUACAUAUUGAUUAUAUUAUUGUAAGGAAAUUAUAAACAAAAAUCAACCUAAGUAUCGACGAUUGAUUGAAUUUAUAAUGUUAGAGGAUUAUUUAUUGAUUAGGCACAGUUUUUUAAUGAAAGCGUCGGAGAAAAACCACUUACUAAGCAUAAAAGCAUAAAAUUAUUAAUAUUGUUAAGUAUAUAUACCUAUUUAUUAUGGUGAAAUUAAACAUUUAUGUAGUUGCUAUACGCGGACAAGAACGAUGUCAUCGGCGAGAACAAACCUGGAAGAGACAAGUAUUAAUUCGCAUUCCAAUUUCUAGAUUAAUUCAAAAUAUUUAAAUAAUUGUUAAGUAUUUUUACGAUUGAUUCAUGAAUAAUUCGCAUUUAUAUUAUUACUGUUUCUUCAUAUAUAUUAUUUUGUUUUGAUUAAACUGUUUCUGAGACUUGACAAUGAAAGCAUGUAUUACUUAGUAGUAACGACAAAUCAUUCCGAUUGGCUACGGUUGAAGUUGGUAAUUGUAAAGGUUUAGAAAUGUUUUACGAAUCGUACGACGAAAGCCGUUGCUCAUUCAGUUGACUCUGUUGAUGAAGACACUCAAUAUAUAUAUAUAUAUUACUGUUUGCUUCGAGAUUGCGCCGACACAAUCGAUUUGAUUGAUUCCCCAGCGGGCCCUGUAGAUGAUGAUUUGAUUGUUUUGCAGUUAUAUAUUCUAUAUAUUUAUGAUGUUUGAUGUGAAAAAAAUACAAACUUAAAUGGGGCGGUAAACGUGUCGGUCGAUUGCGACUGUGUAUGAAUUCUAAAUGAGUGUAAUUUGUCCUAUUGAUACAGAAAAAACGAAAAAUGUAAAAAAUAUUAUCCGUAUACAAAUGAGACAAAUGAAUAUUAUGUUGAUUUGUAAUAAAUUUCACUUAUUACGCA